AUGAACCGCAAACGCGAAUGGAUCGAACGUCGACCUUCGAUCACUGAAGAGAGUGAUACCUCCAUGUCUCCAAACCCGGAUGAGAAUCGAUCAGAAGGUGGUGAAGCCAUCGAGAGCGAAAUGAAGCGGCUACGCGUGGCCUACAAUUACGACGGCGCUCACGGGAUCCGGCGAGCAGGUGAAGCCGUUAGUGUGGAGACGAACAUGGAACUACCUCGAGCAAGAGCAGUGCGCAGUGACUAUGCGGAAGUCAAUUUCAUGCUAAGGGAAUUCCAUUAUUUGCGGCAGCUGCGGAAGUUCCAGGCGGAGCGAGGACGCGCUUGA